AUGUCGACCGUCCAACGUGAAACAUUCACGGUCAAGCUUCGACCAGCACUGCGCCCUCAAGAACCGCCAGCAGAACCGAAGACCACCGAACUACCUGUAGGGCACAAGAAGCGGCCAGGAUGUCGAGCCUUUACCACUCCCACAAUCUUUGAAUCAGAUCAAGUCUUAAUACUCCGCGAUGGCACGAAACUCAGAGCAGACAUCUUCCGCCCUAAGACAGAUGAAAAGGUCCCUGGUAUCAUUAUGUGGGGACCAUACGGAAAGACUAACUCUGGGAUGCUAACUCUCGAUGCUAUGCCCUUCAGAGCCGGUGUACCGGAGAGCUCGCAGUCUGGAUAUGAAAGCUUCGAAGGACUCGAUCCCGCUGAAUGGGUCCCCCGAGGCUACUCCAUAAUCAAUAUUGACGCUCGUGGUGCCGGUCACUCUGAAGGUGAUAUAUUAUGGUGGGGCAGCAGCGACGGGCGUGACGGGCACGACGCUAUCGAGGAGCUUGCAAAGCUACCCUGGAGCAACGGCAAACUCGGCAUGUCGGGUAACUCAUGGCUCGCUGUAGCGCAAUACUUCAUAGCCGCUGAGCAGCCUCCUCACCUUGCAGCCAUUGCGCCGCUAGAGGGUGCCGCGGAUAUGUUCAGGGAAGAUUCUUUCCGUGGCGGGAUACCGAGUGUAGUGUUUGCAAGCUGGAUUGCUGGAAUUCUGCCUGGACGCAACCAGCAAGAAGAUUGGCCUGCUAUGAUCGAAUCCACUUCAACAACGAAUGACUAUUUUGAAGAUAGGCGCGUUGACUUCUCGAAGAUCAAAGUCCCAGCAUAUAUCGGUGGUAGCUACUCGACCGACUUACACACCUUGGGCUCAUUGCGCGCCUUCGAAGAGAUUCCUCACCAGGACAAAUGGCUCGUUGUGCACUCAACACAGGAAUGGUACGACCUGUACUCUUCCUCGCGAACCGCGGACCUGGACAAAUACUUUUCCCGAUAUCUCAAAGACGCCAAUAAUGAUUGGGAGACCACACCUCGCGUCCGAUUAUCUCUCCUCAACUACACAAGCCCAGCCAUAGACAAUAUCCCCUUCCCCGAUUUGCCGUGGCACUUACCAUCCGCCCAAUGCACAACAAUUUACCUCGCGCCCAACCUCACCCUCUCCCCGACCGCACCAUCCGAUCGCAGUACCCUGGCCUACCAAGCUGAUGGUUCCGAAACACUAUCAUUUACACACACAUUCGCAUCCCGCACCGCGCUCGUCGGGCCUAGCACGCUAACGGUCUACAUCUCGAGCCCAGACCAUGAUGACCUUGACAUAUAUGCCCAUAUUUUCAAGUACUCCGCAUCCGGGCUCGAGUUGUCAAAUCUGAACAUCCCUGUCUCCUCAGAUGUUUCUGUUGAAGAAGCAAGGGCAGGGACGCAGAACCGCGUGUUCCGGUACUGGGGCCCAAGUGGACAGAUACGGGCCUCGCAACGGCACGUUUGUCCUACCAGGAGCACAAAGACAUGGUCCACACUGAGCCAUGAGGAAGUGCAGAAAGUAGUGCCAGGCGAGGUGGUGAGAUUAGAUGUGCAGCUGUGGCCAACUGGCAUAAUCUUUGCGCCCGGCGAAAAACUGGUUUUAACGAUCAGUGGUGAGAAGAUAGGUAUUCCUACGUUGCCGAACUUGCUCAAGGGGCAGAAUCAGAACAGAGGAAAGCACACACUUCAUCUCGGCAGAGAUCAAGAGUCGAGUUUCAAGUUCUUUACUGUUGAUAUUUAG